UAUUGGCAGUGAUGAAAGCAAAUUCUCACAAUUCUCAGUUCUUAAUCUGUUUCCUAUACAAUAGCUCCACUUAUACCGUUCCGUAAUCUCAAACAAUCGAACGCCUGCCAACUUGUUUGUCUCAAUUCUACUAUCGCUUACUGUAAUGUAUUCAUUUGAUUAGAAAUAAAAAUUCUAGGAACUGGCACUUAGCGUAUCUGACUCAGUGCGAACGCUUACAUCCAUCAAACCCCCCUCAAUCCACAAAUCAUUCAUCAACAAGGCUAAGAAUAAACUGCUGCUAGUAUCGUCGAGCGUUUAACAUCCCGUUUUAUUCCCUGAAUAACACCAUACAGAACAAUCAUCCCACACAGUUAAGGAGAACUGAUGCAGUGUGUGGUAAUAUUUCAAGUUCACUCCGCACUGUGCGAUAAUAACUAAUCCGUGCUGCACAGUCGAGCAAAGCGGACCACUUUUGGUGCGAGAAAAAAUGUUCGCAACGCUCUUAUCCUUUCUGGUGCUGACAUCUGGCUUUGGGGCAAUCCUAGGCCAAGAUGGUGUUAAAACGAGACCCAUCAAUGGAGUGAAGGGAGCACCCAUGGUAAUGAAUAAAACCAUCGUCGAGGAUCCUCCGGGUGGAGCAACACUGAUGGGUGAUCUACAUCGAGCAAAUGAGUCACAAAGUGCUUUGGAUAAAUUCUUGAACACAACCAAAGUACCCACGGGAAUUUGCUUUAAGGAGGUGCCAACUGUUAGUUUGGUGAAGUCGGGCGAGAUUCCAGCCGGAAAUGGGUCGGAUCCAUCGCUGAGCCGUGUUCAAGUUUGCUGCGAAGGAUACGAACGGAACGUGCAUAAUUUUCGCAAGUGCGAUCCGGUUUGCGAGGAACCAUGCUUCAACGGUCUCUGCGUCGGACCAAACAAGUGCACCUGCUAUCCUGAUUUCGUGAACAAUCUUCAGGGCAAGUGUGUUCCAACCUGUCCCAUUGGGUGCGACAACGGGGAAUGUAAUUUGCAAACCAAAGUAUGUGACUGUAAGGAAGGGUUCGAGCUGGACAAAGGCCGCCAGUUCUGUGUUCCGAAAUGUACCGGAGGAUGUGGCGCGGGACGAUGUGUUGCCGUCGAAAAGUGUGAGUGUGACCAGGGGUAUGAAAUUGACGAAGAUGGAAAAUGUGUUCCCAAGUGUCAGCAAGGAUGUGUCAAUGGAGAAUGCAUUGCACCCGAAGUUUGUCAGUGUAGACCUGGCUACGAAAGAACGGAUGACGAAUGCGAACCUGUUUGUUCGAAUGGUUGCUUCAAUGGAAUUUGUACUGCGCCGGAAACAUGUACCUGCAAGCCCGGAUACAAGAUGGGUCCAGCAGGGAACAAGUGUGAACACAGUUGCGAUCGUCCUUGUAUGAACGGGGACUGCACGGGACCAAAUGUAUGCACUUGUCACCGUGGCUACAUACUGGAUGAACUUAAACCCUACAAAUGCCUCCCCCACUGCCCGAACGGAUGCCCGAACGGAGUUUGCUCCGGGCCAAACAUGUGCCUGUGCAACGCCGGCUAUAUCAAGGAUCGCAGUCUGAAGGGAAGCCAGGCGUGCGUGAAAAGGAAGCUGGAAUACGUCCGGAAGAACAACAAAAAUGUGGUCGUCGCCCGGAACAAGUGCUGCAAGGGAUACGUUCGCCAGAAGCACAAGUGCGUUCCGGUGUGUUCCCAGCCGUGCGAAAAUUCCAAGUGCACAGGACCAAAUUUCUGCACCUGCAACGAAGGGUUUACACGACUUUCGAACUCGAGAUGCAUUCCACACUGCGACAACUGCGACAACGGCUUUUGUAACAAACCCGGUCACUGUCAGUGCAACUCCGGUUAUGUAAGCGGAGCCAAUGGAAGCUGCGUGGCAGAAUGCAAGAACUGCACCAAUGGUUACUGCCUGGAACCGAACGUUUGUCUAUGUCGAGAGGGAUUUGCACCGGUCGGCACAGAGGAGAAUCGUCUCUGUGAGCCAGUGUGCGAGGACGGGUGUCCCAACGGGAAGUGUUCCGCUCCUGGCGAGUGCAUUUGUGAUGAAGAAUUCGUUAAGAACGAUUUCGGGAAAUGUGUAUCGAAAGAACCUCCAACCACAACGCCCGAACCCUGUCAACAAGGAUAUGAAGAGUUCAACAGUACAUGUGUACCAGUGUGUAACGAACAGUGUGAGAACGGCGAGUGUGUAGCACCAAACCAAUGUGGGUGCUUUGAAGGGUACUCCAACGCAAACUCCACCGCGAACCAUCUGUGCCGACCGGUUUGCUCAAACGGAUGUCUUAAUGGUAACUGUGUAGCCCCAGGAAAGUGUAUCUGUGAUAAGGGUUAUGGGAAAAUUGCGGACGACUGUAUUCCACUGUGCGAGAAAUGUUCUUUCGGUCAUUGCAUACAGCCGGAGGUUUGUGUUUGUGACCGAGGGUAUGAACUGGUUGAUGGAGACUGUGUACCAAUCUGUGAGGAAGAAUGCAAAAACGCAAAGUGUACAGGUCCAAAUUCUUGCACGUGUUUACCUGGGUACAACUACACCGAUAUCAACUCGUUGUUCGAGUGUCUGCCAGUUUGCGACGACGAUUGCGACAAUGGUGUUUGCGUAGCACCCAACACUUGCGAGUGCAAUCCAGGGUUCGUUAAGGACGAGGACUCCUGCGUGGAUCCAAUCGAACUGUGCAGAUCGACGUGCCACGAUGGUUUCUGUGACGCAAACGCCACAUGCAACUGCAACCGAGGUUUCAUAAUGAACCUGAAUGGUUCAUGCGAGAGGACCUGUCCCGAUGGUUGUGUCCACGGAGAAUGUAUCGCGGGAGUGUGUCUGUGCAACAAGAACUAUCGACCUUCGCUGGUAAACUCUUCAGUAUGUGAGCCAAUUUGCGAAGAUGAAUACGAGUACGAAAAUGGUUGCCUGAAUGGGAAGUGUGUAGAGCCGAAUGUAUGUCAGUGUGACGACGGGUACGACUUCGUAGAUGGAAGUCACACUCGGUGUCAGUCAAUCGAAGAAAUUCGGAUCGAGAAGCAACGAAAACUGAUGGAGAAGUUAUGUUCGCAAGAAUGCAGUAAUGGGAAGUGUGUACAAGGUUAUUGUCUGUGUACGGAGGGUUACGGCAACCCGGAAGGACAAAUUCAUCGGUGUAUUGCAUUGUGUGAUCCACCCUGCAGAAACGGAACUUGUAUCCUUCCAAAUCGUUGCGAGUGUGAUCAAGGAUAUCAGUUCUAUAACGACAGCUUGUCUGUUUGUCUACAUGGGGAUGAUAUCAGACGAAUAAAAGCGAGAUUGGAACAAGAAUACUGUGAAGAGAAUUGUCAAAACGGUAACUGUGUGGAGGGGAAAUGCUCUUGCAGUGUAGGCUUCCGGCCGUCAACGAACGAUGAGUUUUACUGCCAACCGUAUUGCGAGAAGCCCUGCUUGAAUGGGGUUUGUGCUGGGAAUAAUAGAUGCAGGUGUUUCGAAGGGUACCAGAAUACAGUAGACGGAAGCCAAUGUGAUCCGGUUUGCGAGAAUGAAUGCGUUAACGCGAAAUGUGUUGGCCCAAAUGAGUGUGAAUGUGACAGUGGGUACGUGUUCCAGCAAAACAGUGUAUACCAAUGCGAGAAAGUGCUUUCAAAAUCAGAAAUUGCAAAAAAUAAAAAACAAGAACUGUGCAAAGCAAAGUGUGAGAACGGUAUUUGCAUUGAGGGUAUUUGCAAGUGUGCAGAAGGAUACUCCAACGCGGACAAUAUGAAGAUUACCUGCAUGCCUCAUUGCUCCGAAGGCUGCCCAAAUGGACAGUGUAUAGCUCCGGACGAAUGUGUGUGCGAUACAGGAUACGAAAUAUCCGAAGAACAUGGCUGCAAACCAAUUUGCGAACAAGAUUGCAUCAACGGCUUCUGUGGUGCUCCGGGAAGGUGUGACUGCUUCCCAGGAUACAAGCCAACACUGGACGCGAAUGAAUGCGCGGCUGAUUGCGGUGAAGAGGGAUGCAUCAAUGGCUAUUGUGCGGCUCCUGGAGUUUGCGAAUGCUUCGCCGGUUAUCAGCAAAACGAAGAAGACGAAACGACCUGUCAAUUGAUUCCUGAUAUCAUUUACAAAGUUGACAGCCAAAGCAAUUCCCUCAUCUACAACGCAGCUUACGUCAAGUACGCUAUCCCGCUGGUGGUUAUAACGAUCCUCGUCACGUCCGCCAUCAUAACCAUGAUAAUCUUGCGCAAUAAGAGGAAAGAUUACCACAUUGGCAAGCUGGAAACGAAGGAAAAUUGUGUGUACUUUAUGCCUCACUCGGUGGACACGGCAAAAGACGAAGAGGAUAAAUUUAGCGUGUAAAAAUAGUGUAGGAACGAAUCGAUGCGGAACGAAUGGAUGUCAUCGAAAAUUUGUAAAUACUAAGUAAAAGAAGGAAUACUGUUUAGUCGUAGGCAACGAAAACGUACUGUUUUAAUUUAUUUCCCACACUUGUCAACGAAACCAUUGAAUAAAUACGAUAUCUUCCCGAUCACCAAA